GGCCGCUCCGGGGACGGGCCGGGGCGGGGCGCGGUCGCAGGAAGCCAGGCGGGGACGCGCGGAGGCGUUGGGGAGCGAGGGAGGGCGCGGCCAACUCCCGGAGGGACGGCAGGCCGAAAGAGCGGCGCCGGGGCCUGGCGCGCCGCCUGAGAUCGCCGGACCGCAGGGCGUCCCACCACGGGCUCUAUCCCGGCCGCAGCCCCGCCAGCAUGGCCGGCCGGACCGUGCGGGCCGAGACCCGGAGCCGGGCCAAAGAUGACAUCAAGAAGGUGAUGGCGACCAUCGAGAAGGUCCGGAGAUGGGAGAAGCGCUGGGUGACUGUGGGUGACACUUCGCUUCGAAUCUUCAAGUGGGUUCCUGUGGUGGAUCCCCAGGAGGAGGAGAGGCGUCGGGCAGGAGGCGGGGCAGAGAGAUCCCGUGGCCGGGAGAGACGCAGCAGGGGCACCAGUCCCAGAGGGGGUGGCCCCCUCAUCCUGCUGGAUCUCAAUGCAGAUGAGAACAGCAACCAGAGUUUCCAUUCAGAAGGUUCUCUGCAGAAGGGCACUGAGCCCAGCCCUGGGGGCACUCCCCAGCCCAGCCGUCCUGGGUCUCCGACUGGACCCCCAGAAGCUAUUACUGAGGAUACUCAGCCCCCACAGCUGGGCCAAGAGAGAGACCCAGGGGGCACACCCGCAGGCGGUACUGAUGACCCCCCGAAGCUGACCAAGGAGGAGCCUGUUCCAGAAUUGCUGGAAGCUGAGGAUUCUGGAGUGAGAAUAACAAGGAGAGCCCUCCAAGAGAAAGGCUUGAAAACAGAGCCCCUCAGGAGGCUUCUUCCCAGGAGAGGCCUCCGGACAAAUGCUCGGUCUGCUUCCACAGUGCCAGACACCAGAGCUCCGGGAGGUGGGAGCAAGGCCCAGAGAGCCCCCAGGACGAUACCACAAGGGAAGGGGAGGUGAGCGGGCCCACCCCACAAGUGAGGCCCUUAGGUCUUCUUUAAUUGACCCAAGAUCCAGUUGUGCACCACUUAAGGGUGGAGAGAGCUUCAGAGCUGGACUCCUGCUCUGUGGACUUCAAGGUAGGCAGGCAGCUCUCCACUUGGCCCUAACCCUAAGUCAUGGACCCAUCUUUCUUGUUGUGGGUCCAAAACUGUGGGGUCUGGAGCAGGUCACAGACAAGGAGCGUCUGAGGAUGCCGCUGGAUGAUGCCUAGAAGCAACUUGAAUAUACAAAGGAGUGGACGCUGGGCUGAGUAGGCCACCUCUUCAUGUACCAGGGCAGCCAUCCACCAGAGGGCCAGGCAUGGCCCCCAGGGGGGCACCUUCACUCUUUGGAACCACAGGAUCUACCCUGGUGAGCAGUGAGCAGUAUCUGAAGCAUUGGGCAACAGGUGGUAGGUGCUACCUUGCAGAGUCUGUGAAUGGUGUCAAAAUUCAUGCUUGUGUAGAGAUGCCGCUCCGACAACCACCUGGCAGCUUCCCCUCCCUCCACAGGCCUUUGAACACUAGACCUGCCAGUUAACCUGUGGCUUGAGAAGACACAUGUCAACCUUGCCUGUCAAGCAAGGGGCACACAUGGUCUAGUGACCUUUCAGAACAGGCCACCGCCUCCUGCUAUAGGACCCAAGUCCAGGAAUAGAUGGAGACUUGUGGUCCAGCCCUGAGCCUACCAAACCUACCUGGAAACUACCCAUUUUUGAGGAACCCAUGGCAAAGGAGUCAUUUGAGUGGUUCCCAGGGCUUUUAUCAACCUCUUGCCUCCUGACUUACCAACAUAUUGGGCCUGUGGUGCCAGGAAAUAAUGUCACCUACUUAAUGAGGGCUUACUCGACUAUGUAUUGCAAUUUGUGGGAAUUAUUUAAUACAAUAUUCCUGUGUCAUAGAUCCUGUUACUUUUACAUUUUACAGAUAGGGACACUAGAUAGCCAAGAGGGUUAAGAGCUUGCCCUAAGUCACACAGCCUGCCUGUGGCAGAGCCAGCAUUCUGACUGCCACCCGCCUGACUCCACAGUCUCUGCUGGUAAUACCACUUUUUGUGCUGGGCGUGCCGGUGGGGUGGAAGCUGUGACUUCAUUAAGGCACUCACUUAAGGAGCAUCCAUUUUUCUCAGUGGAAAAUUAUAUAGGACUUUACAGUUUUUUAAUAAAUUUGUAUUUAUUUUUUGUCUUGCUA